GGAAUAUUGACAUUCGAAGGCAUGGCCAUAGACAUCUCUCAGGCGGAAUGGGCAUGCCUGGAUUCUGCACAGAAAUUUUGUACAAGGAUAUCAUGUUGGAGGCUUGCAGAAACCUGGUCUCUGGGGGUCUUACAGUGUCAAAACCAGAGCUAAUCAACUCCCUUGAACAAAGCAAAGAACCCUUGAACAGGAGAAACAGAAGUUAAAGAACAGUUAAAUCAGAAUAAAGAAUUGGCAUAAGAAAAACACCAAGGUGAAAGUGGAAUUUAUUCCUUAAAAUAUGUUAUAAAGAGAAUGGAAGAUGAUUCUUUGCCAAAUCCUUGAAUGCUAUUGAGCCCUUAAUUUAAUCAUCUUGAAAUGAAAACUCACAUUCAAAUAAUAUUUUAACUGUGUGUGAUAUACAAUUUCUCUUUAUCAUAUAUGUCUUUUUAUGCUUUUCGCAUGUAUUACAUGGUUUUCAUUAUUAUGUAUGUCAGAUGAAAGCAGGAAAUAGAGAUUUGAAAUUUCUACUUCUUUUUGAAGAUUCCAUAGUUCUUUCUUUGCCUUUAGAUGCCACAGUAAUUCAAAUGCAACUAACACACACCCAUCCUAGGCUCCUGCUUCACUUACCAGUCGAGGUAAACCCGGGCCCGUAUCCGGGAAGGCUGCCUGAGAUUGAUGCUUACAGCUGGGGCUUGCGUCUGUCCCAACAGGAUCCAAAGCACCCCAGCAUCCUAAUCCACUACUCCAUCUACGAGACCAGGAAGAGAAGAGCUACCAGAGCUUUGGACUUGCCUACACCCACCAGAAGGAAACUCUGGACCUGUACCCACCAGGAAAGGAAGAGGUUCCUUCUUCUCUCACUGGUUAAGAGAAGGGAAGGAGACAAUAUAAAAACACAUUCAGCAACAGAAAAUCCAAAAUGAUACUGCCAGAGUCUAUAGACACUACAUUAGCAAGGCCUGAAAGUCCCAAUGCAAAUGAAACACAAGAGAAUGACAUUAAAAACAACUUCAUUAAAAUGAUAGAGGUACUCAAAGAGGGUAUGAGAAAAUGCCAUAAAGAGAUGGAAGAAACAAAAUCCAAAAAGUGCAAGACAUGGAGUAAAGGACAAAGCAAAAAUUGCAAGAAACAAUUCAAAAGGUGCAAGGGCUGAAAUCUGA